CGCAGUGUACAAAGAUGGUGGCUGAUUCAAAGGCAGUGGAUCCGACAAAAUCCCAGGGUGGAGGUAUCUCUAUGACACAAUCUGUCAGACCUACGCCAGAAUAUAAUGAACCUGAUGAUGCCCGCCUACUUGAUUAUGGGGAAUUUCUAAUUACCGAUAAUAAGGAAAAAUACUCGGUUAUGGAUAUUAUACUCUUAGCCUCACAUGGUGUGCUUAUGAGAGUGGAGAAAAGUGAUGAUGGAAAACUACUUUGUGCAAAGAUUCAAGCAAACAAAAUCACCAAAAAGCAGUAUCCGGGAGAUUUUGAGAGGGAAUUAAAAGCACUGCAAAUGUUUAACACAAAGAAGAUUGAUAACAAAUACUUACCACACAUAUAUGGCUCUGGAAAAACAGAGGAAAUAUCGUUCUUUAUAACUGAUCAUGUAGGAGAAACAUUACAAAGACAGUUGCUUAAAUUUGGUCAGCUUAGCCCAACGUCAACAUUUCGUGUCUGUCGAUACUUAAUCAGCGCCAUGAAGACAGUGCAUGAAAUUGGUCUUGUACAUGGUAACAUUCGUCCAUCGGCAAUCUUAGUGGGUGGACCACAAGAAAGAGAUAUUAUACGCCUGUUUGGCUUCCAAUUCAGUUCAGAACAUCCUCAAAAGACCGAUGACAACGAAGCAAUAGGUUAUCCACUCGAUCAGUACACAGCACGAGGCAUACAUAAAGGUGAAAGAGCGAAGCCAAAACAUGAUAUGGAGAUGUACAUAAAUUUCAUGUAUAGUCUGACUAUUGGUCUACCAUGGGCCAAAGCGAGAACACUGAAGGAGCUCACUUCAAGAAAAGAGACAUUUUGGAAGAAAGCAGCCAAGCAAGAAUGGGGCAAGAUACCGCCGACUAUAAAGAAUCUAGCUAUCAACAUAGAUAAGGAAGCGGAUUUGAAGAUUGAUUAUGCUGCAAUCGAGCACGAGCUAGACGAACUUCUCCGCUUGUUGCCGUCUGAUCAAAGCUUUGAGUGGGAAGAUGCAUCUCGUCUGGCGUGUCUACCACAACGGAAAGGGCCGACUGUUAUUCAACCACUGGACAUCGGUGUCGCGAAGCAGCAUAAAUUCACUGCCGUUGAACGUUGUGAAGCGGUGCUGCAGCCAGAUUUAUGAGGGAAAUUAUAAAAAGUACAAAUUUCAAAUCAUGUACAUUUUACUCGAGCAAAAUAACUUCAGACUAAUUAUGAGUCUACUUUGUCAAUGAUGUCAAAUGCCAACUUUUCUUACUUCUCCAUUUGACUCCCCUACCCCUUUUCUCCAACCUCACCCCUAUUAAUAUGAUUCAUAAACAUACGAUA